CCGCCGCUUGGCCGGGGCGCAGGAGCCAUGGCUGCCGCGCUGGGAGGAGGCGCAGAUGAUGACUUUGAUCAGUUUGAUAAGCCUGGUGCAGAGAGGUCUUGGAGAAGAAGAGCAGGAGAUGACGACUGGGACAGUGAACUUGAUGAUGACUUGCUUGGAGAGGACUUGCUAACUGGAAAGAAGAAUCAAUCAGACUUGUCAGAUGAAGAGCUGAAUGACGAUCUUCUGCAAAGUGACAAUGAAGAGGAACAAGAAUUUCGCUCUCCAGGUGUCACGGUGAGCCUCAGUGCCACAUCUGGCAUGCUGGCAUCAUAUGAAAUCUCUGAGUCCAUCAAUGAUCCGUCACUAGAACAUGAGUCUGAGUAUGACCAAGGGGAAGAUGAAAUUGGUUAUGACAAAUCUGAAGCACCUGAAGAAUAUGCUUCAGAGUAUGCAGAGGAAGGACAUUAUGAAGGCAAUGAUCCUGAGCUGACAGAAGACCAAAUAGAAUAUGGGGAAGAGCCUGGAGAAGAAGAUGAAGUGCUAGACCUUGAAAUCAAUGAACCCCUCGAUGAAUUUCCAGAUGAAGAUUACAUGCAAUCAUAUAAUGAGCAAGCAAUGGAAGAACAAGGAGAAUAUACGGCUGAUGAGGAGCUGGAAGAAUCCCAGACAAUGGCAAAUGAAUCAGAAGAGGCAGCGAUUGGAUCUCUGGAACUUCAAGAAGAAACAAAAGAAGAAUCUGAUGAAGAGGAGGAUGAUGAUGAAGAGUCCGGACGAUUACGGUUCAAAACGGAACGGAAAGAAGGAACAAUAAUUCGGCUCUCAGAUGUGACAAGAGAAAGGAGAAACAUUCCAGAAACUUUGGAGCUUUCUGCAGAAGCCCAAGCAGCAUUACGUGAGUUUGAGGAGAGGGAAAGGCAGCUCAAACAGGGACGAUACGGCUCCAGGAGAGGAGGGCGAAGAGGAGGCUCCAUUAUGUGCCACGGAAUGGGAGAACAAAGGAGAGACAAUAAUGAUAGGGGAAGAAUGAAGGAUCACAGGCCUGCACUGCUGCCAAACCAGCCAUCAACAAUGCAUCAGCAUCAUUCUUCUCCUCCUCCAGGGCUACAUAUGCCCCCUCCGAUAGAAACGCCUCGAAUCAUGAUGACUCCACCUCCAGUGACACCUCAGCAACCGAAGAACAUACACAUAAAUCCACAUUUCAAGGGGACAGUAGUGACACCUGUACAAGUGCCCUUGCUGCCAGUUCCUGCCCAACCAAGACCCGCUGUAGGACCCCAGAGAUUUCCUGGCCCCCCAGACUUCCAGCAGCAUACACCCGGACCAGUUCCUACUAAUUUCUCCCAAGCCCCAAGGCUGCCAAUCCAGGACCAGUGGAGAGGGCCACCACCACCACCACCACCACUCCCUCCUCCACCUCCUCAGGAUAGAGAUCCUUUCUUCAUAGCAGAUCCAAGGUUCCCGGGUCAUCCCUUGUUUGAGCAGCGGGUCCACGUAUCUCCACCGCCUCCCCCUCGCCGCCCUUCACUGAACAGCCCCGCCCACCGGUUCCCUGCGCAGAGCCCGAUGCCGUUCAGCCGCAGUCCGGGGCCGGUCCUUCAGCCAGCAGCGACAGCCAGCCCUGUAUCCACAGGGGAGCGGCCGAUGCGGUCCCAACAUGCGCCCCAGGGUCCCGGCUGGGAUCCUCUCACUUCAACCAGCCGGCUCUCGGGCCAACCCGCGCCCUUCAUCCCCCCGCGGCAGCAGUUCCUGCAGGCGCCGGGACAGCCCUUCCUCUCCCCGCACACGCAGCCCAGCAUGCAGGGUCCCAUGCAUCCUCCAUUACAACCUCAGCCACAACCUCAGCCUCAGCAGCACCAUCACCAGCAGCAACAGCAACACCAUCACCAGCAGCAGCAGCAGCAACACCAUCACCAUCUCCAAGGGCCUCCACAGCCCUUGAUGCCCAUGAACCAGCCCCAGUUCAGGCCUCACAUACAGGCCACACAGCAGCAGCCAAAUAACAACAGGAUGCAGUGUCAGCCACGACAGGGUCCAAUGAAGCCAAGGCAUAGUACACCAUCACAGAACAUUGUCAAGCGUUCAAAUCAGCAGCUACAGUCAAGUGCUCCAAGGAACAGUAACUUGCGCGAGUUGCCGAUAGCACCGUCCCAUGCCAUGGAAAUGAGCAACAACAGGCGAAACUCCACCCCAGCUGCUCAGGUCAAACCCAUCACCAGCACCGUGUCUGCCAACAAGUCUGUUGGUGGUGGUGGAAACUCCCAGGGAAGGCCUGAAGUGAAAGCUAAAGCAAUCACACCGGUGGGCCAAGCAAAGUCAGAGGGAAAAUCUGAACCAGAGUAUCCAGACGAAGAUGAAGAAACUAGGUUGUAUCGUUUGAAGAUAGAAGAGCAGAAGCGUCUAAGAGAAGAAAUUCUGAAGCAGAAGGAGCUGAGACGGCAGCAGCAGGCUGGUGCCAGGAAGAGAGAGCUGCUGGAAAGACUUGCACAGCAGCAGCAGCAGCAGCCUUCCACACAGCAGUCCUACAUGCAGCACGAGGAUGACUCCUCCGAGUUCCCCACCAACGGCAGCCCCUACAUACCCCACUCCGGCUUGCACACCAGGCACAACGUGAAAAACAGACUCCUUGUUAGAAAGCAAGACACGGUAGUUCCAAAUAUCCAACCCAAACCCACAGAGUUCCUCCAGAGUGGAGUGGGGGAUGUGCAGUAUCAAGGACAGCAGAUGAAACCAGUGAAGCAGCUGAGGCAGACUAGGACAGUUCCUCCGAGUCAGCCUCAGGCGCCGCAGAAAGCGUUACAGACAAAACCUGCUGCAGCGUCGCUGCCCACCACACAGACGGCUCGAGUGGCUUCGGUACCAGCCAGGCCCCAGGAGCAGAAACCGGGGGUGAAAAGGACUGUCAUGCAGCGGACAAACAGUGGUAGUGAUGGGCCUCAUGUCGGCAGCAAAGUCAGGGUGAUUAAGUUGUCAGGAGGGGGGGGAGAGGAUGCUGGCUUUUUUCACCCAGAGGGCCAGACCCAGCGGCCUCAACAACCCCCGGAGCCAAAACAGCAGCCAGUGCGGAAGGUCACUUUGACAAAGGGAAUGCAGCAGCACCAACAGCAGCAGCAGGCACAGAUCCAUUCACCAGCUCCUCAAGGAGUCAAAAACAUCCAGGGAAUCCAUCAACCUAAAAAGGUCAUUAUGCACGGCAGAGGCAGAGGAGUAGCAGGCCAGAUGGGCCGAGGACGCUUGAUGCCAAAUAAACAGAACCUGCGAGUGGUGGAGUGCAAACCUCAGCCCUGUAUUGUGUCAGUUGAAGGGCUUUCUUCAUCAACUACUGAUGUCCAACUGAAAAACCUGCUGAUGUCAGUGGGACCCAUUCAGAGUUUACAGAUGCUUCCUCAACAACGGAAAGCCAUAGCAAAAUUUAAGGAGCCAGCACAUGCUUUAGCAUUUCAACAGAAAUUCCACAGGCACAUGAUAGAUCUGUCCCACAUAAAUGUGGCACUGAUUGUUGAGUGAUGUCUGCUGAGAGAAGCCCCGGCACUCACUGAGCCGUUCUGUGGAGCUACAUGAGACACAGUGGCAAAACCAUCGGGUUGUGAAACCUUUCAACUUAGUCUUUGGUUGCUCUGCUGAACUACAGAAAGCACGGAGAUGUCCUCCAGAAGAGAUGGGUUUGAGAGGAUCUGCAAAGGUGGAAUUUCUGUUCGGUUUCAUCACAUUCUGUUGUAACCACAUGGAGUUAGAGAUUAAUUUUUUUUUCAAAAUGCUUUCAAUGCAUGUAGACACUGUUCUUCAAGAUCCUACUGUGUGACCACAGUGACUUGAGAGAGAACGUUUACAGCGAAAGAUUAAAAAACUUUCUUCAUAGCAAAGAAUAUUUGAUAAUGGUUGCUCUUAUCUUCACUGCAAGGUAUUUGAAUGAAAACUCAUUUUUCUAAACAAAACACAUUAGUUGCAUUGUAUAUCUGAGAGCACAGAAGGUAUUCCUGCAUAGAUUUGAACGUGGUCUGUUUCAUGAAUAGCAGUUUGCCGAGAAGCUUUGGAGGUGACACUGGAAAACUGUAGUUUCGAUCUCUGUAAAUAAGUCUGUCUUUGCAUUUUUCUAUUCCAACAUAGACUUCCAUCUUCUCUUUCCAAAUCCAGUUAUUCCAUAAAACCCUGUGUAGGAAUUACACUGCUGUAUUUUCCCUUGGUUUUUAAAAACAGGGAUCUUCACCCUUCAGCAUCGUGGGGCAGUGAACUCCAGGUUGUAAUUAGGUUGUUUUGAAUAACAAGGAAAAAGAAGUAUUUGGUGGGUCACUCCAAAAAUGUUACACAGGAGGAGUGGUGCAUUCCUGAUAGUUCUUUUGGGCUAGUGUGUCAUGGUUGCCUUAUGCUUUAUUUUGAUUAGUUUUUUUCUUUGAGAUUUAUUUUGUGAUUGAUGCUGAACCAUAAGAAACCCGUAACUGAAAGGACUUGUUUUGAUGUGUUGUUCCCGAUACAUAUAGGACUAUAAGGACAUUGUAAAUAUCUGAUGAACAUGUCAGAUCCCAAAAAUUCUUUGCAAACAUUAAGAAGCUUUUAUUUUACUCAAAGUGAAAUUCAUAACAUUUCCUUUUGGUUAGAACCAUCUAGAUGGUGUUGCCAAAGGAACAAUUUUCUCAGUUACUUAUGAAUAAACUUAUUAAAAUGUCAUCUUUAUAUUGGAUUCCAGUUUUUAUGAACAUUUCCUUAGUUUUUAGACCAUGAGCUUUUGCUUCAUGCUUUAUUUUAAGAAUACUCUUAAGCACUCCACCUACUAUUUGAAGGGGGGGCACUUACAGAAACCUUGUAGGCUUGUUACCUGAGUGACCACAGAAGAACACUAUUGGUAUGUAAUGAAAGAGCUAUGAAUGGGGUCCAAAAUAGGUGUGCCAAGUGGAAAAGUUUGAGCUAAGCAAAUUUACCGUAGAUUUUAAUUUUUUUAGAAUUUUUUUUUGAGUUAGUGGUAACGAAAUCACAAAUGCCUGAUUGGCUUUCUUACACUUUUGGUCCAGAUUUUCAAUUAAGUAUAAGUUACCAAAAAUUGAAUAAGUAUUGUCGAAAGUCUUCUAGGUAAACCUGCUCUCUGUUCAUUGUAAUAACAUGGUGCUGGGGAAAACAAUUGAGAGAAUACCCUAAGUCCGUUUACAUUUAAUAACGAGACACAGCAAUACGAUGGGAAUUUUUUCAUGGAAGUGAGGUCUACACCCACCUGCAUCGUUCCCCAUUUAUGCAUAAUGCUUAAUAACAGCCAACACAGCUACUAUACAUAAAGUGCUGUUAGUGCUUCAGGGUAGACACAAGCCCAGGACAGAGCAUGAGCUGCAGGCAGGAAGUGCCCGGUGGGACCCGAUCCUGAAGACCUGCAAGCCCCAAGCUGUUUAACUCCUCACACCAUCAGCUCUAGGACCCUACACUGCCUCCCCAGGUUAUGUAAUUUUUAUUCUUAAGAAGUAAAUGCUUUUCUUUAAAACAAGUCAUUAAACAGUUACACUGUUAGGGAACAGCUUCUCUGCAAUGAGAAGAAUGGGAAGACAUCUCGAAGUGGAGUGAUGGUAGUGCGUGCCUGAAAAUCUGGGUUAGAUGCCAAUGUCAGACAGGCCAGCAGCUGAGUUCAGCAGUAGGAACAUCUGCAGUUGAUCAGCUGUCCUGUCAGAAGCAAAUGUUAUUGGGGUUAGAGGGUUUCUUGGAGCCUAAGAAUAUGGGUUUGAUUCAAAAGUCAAAGAAGUUUGGAGAAACGCUCCUGCUUUGGGUUUUGAAUCCAUCCCAAAGAGGUUGAGGUUCAGCCAACUUAAGUUUUAAAAAUUUUUAUUCAGUGGGGUUUUAUAUUUUUUUUAAUUCUUUUUUUGAGACAAAUGUGUGGCUUUGGAAUAAAGACAUGAAAUGGCCUCAGAUCUAUUUAAAUGUAGGAGUGACGUAAGCAAUGCCUGUUUAAUGACUAGAUGCAUCCUCUUUAACAGCAGUUGCAGUAGAUUACUGCUUGUGCAUAGGCAGGGUAUGGGUGGAUUGCUGGGGUUUGAUUUAGCUGCUUACUGCAGUACCUGGACAUUUACUGUAUGUAAACAUACUAUAUGUAUGUAUGUCUAUAUUUGUUCUGUUAUACACAUACAUACAUACUCACACCCUCUGCUGUCACCGUGUCUCUCUAAAAUCUUAAAAAAACUUAGUAGCAAAAGUAGCAAUUAGGUGAGUCAUUUGUUAAAAUGUUUGUGUUCUCUUAGUUCUCAAAUCCUAAGUUAAAACUGGAUCUCUUGGCAUUGAUCAGUUUGGAUGAUACAACUCUUUUAGAUCCAUUUGUUGUCUCCUCCCAAAAAAACCCCAAAGGAAGUAGAGGUAAAGCUAGACAGAAGUGUUCUUGCCAUGUUCUCUUCCAGCACAUAGAUAAAUCUGAGCAUCUUAAGUUAACUUUCUUGGAAGAUCUGUUGCAACCAUUAUCUUGUUCUUUCUUUAUCAUGAACUCACAAUAUGAUGCAAAAUGGAAAGAAAAAUAGGCAUUUAAUGUAGUAUGUAAAUAUUGACCUUUUAAAAUUAAAAUGUUACUCAAAGUGCUUACAGUCAACCACAUCUUAGCUAUUUGUUAGUUUUUUUGUGUUGUCUUAUCCAAGUUUAAUGGAUACAGUUCCAUAAAUGUUGAUGUGUUUUUGUGUAUAUCUUCAAAUUUUUAUAAAGAUGAUAGUAAGUCAAUACAUAUAUCCUGAUCUGUGUAUUAUUUGUUCAGUUUUUAUUAGCAUAAUUUUAUAAUUAUUUUAAUAGGCAACUCCAAUAGGUGGUUAUAUGAAGCCAGUUUGUUUUUUUCCCCAAAUUAUUUUGUUUCCAUCUUGUAGCACUGGAAAAUUCACUUUAUAACUAACCAUAUUUUGCCUUGACUAAAAGAUUGGAUUACCCAUAUGAUCUGUGGUAUAUUAGUAGAAUGUUCUACUUCUGUUUUAUUAAAAAAAAAACCUAAGACAACUCUGUCCUUUAACUUUUGAGGGGAAAUACAGUGCACUGUCAGACCAAGGCCUGGGGUUUGUAGGUUUGUUCCAUUGUGCUGUACAGGUACAAAUUAGGUCUGUCGUGUAAUGUUGUUCUCAAAAGUUUGGGAUAUUUUGGUUUUGCACGUAAUUCUGGUUGGUCAUGUGGCACGUUCAUCUCAAUAUUGGCAACUGGUGAGGCACAUGUGCUGUGUGAUGGAAGGAUGGCAGUGUUGGAAACGCUCGGGGUCGAUGGUGCUGGGCAGGAAGAGGAGGAGGAGGAGGAGGAGGAGGGCAGGUCUGUAGCACCUUCAUAGCCAGGGAAGCUGCCACGCAAAUAUUCAUCUCUGAGCAGUGGCAGAGAAUAAAUUUAGGCAGGGAUACUGCACAUGUAUCUCCAGGAUGACUUUGGGAUAGAAGGGUAAAUAUGAGCACCCACUCUGUAUGAUAUCUUCAGAUGCCUGGUUUAUUCCCCUAGUUUAAAUCUGGAUUCACUUUGGAUUUCCAAAUUUCUGUAAGAAAGUCCUUCUAGCCAUUAAAUGCCAAGCAGGCUGAGCCUUUUAAUUUUUCCGUGUUAGGUUUUCACUGGAAGGAUAUAGAUGAGAAUUAAAGGUUAUUUCAGAAUAACCUUGGGGGGUGGUAUCUUCAAGUUUUUUCUUAGCAUUAGCUAUUUGGUAUAAGAAAAAAUCUUUUACUUGGUGCUGAAUUUUUUUAUCUUUUUUUAAAAUAUGGUACCCUUUGUCUGUUUAUCUUGAAAUUAUGCAGUUUUCCUGGAAGCUGCUGUAGGCACUUCCUGUCACUACACACAGUAACUGCAUGUCUGUAUGUGUGUGUGGGUGUGUUGCCCUUGUAGCUGGGGCAAGAGGGUGGGUGGGACACUGAGGGGUUUCUUUUUUUGAGGUUUUUUUUGUUUUGUUUUGGUUUGGGUUUUUUUUGUCUUGUCUACUUGAGAGAUACCCUAGAUUUGUUCUCUGGCAUAGUAUUGUGUUGUGCUUGUCCUUCCUGUAGUACUGUGUCUGUGAUACUCGAGUCAUGAUACUCGAAAAUAGAAAUCUGGCUCCACCUGUUUGCUGUCAAAACCACAUUUUUGUUCAGAGACACACAAAACCUUUCUUUUUAAAUGCAUUUUUUUGUGCUUUUAUUUUUAUUUUUUUUUUUAGCAGCAUGUUCGAUGAGAAAUUAAAUGUAAAGGAAACAAAUCCUGAACGGAUUGCAGAAAGUUAGCUAUGUUAUAAAGGUCAUUUAGGGUAACAUAGGGCUUUUGUUUCAAUGUUACCUUAAAUCAUGCCUUAUCCUCUAAUUAAUUCAUAAACAUAAUACUUGAAAGUAUUUUACCUUCAAUUAGUAUCAAAUCCUAAGGAUUUUCUGUAAGGUUUUUUUGUAACCUGGUUUUUAAUCGUGGAGAUGACUUAUUAACCACAUGAGCACAGGGUCUUGUGUACAAAAACAGAUUCAUAUUGGAUCCCUGCGUAUGCCAACUUCUGGUAUAAUAUGGUUGGGAAGGAUCAUUUUGGUCUUUAUAAUGCUGCUUUUGGCAGGGUUGGGGUUUUUAAUUUAAAAAAAAAAAGAAAACAAAACUCUCCAUUUUCUACUUCUCUGCAUAUGUUGGUGGAAAGUGUGGUCCUUUUUGCACUAAAGAAAACCUCAAGGGGAAAGUUAAUCGCAUGGGGUCUUUUAGGGGCCUGUGUUGCUCUCUCCUUUCUUGGUUGGAUGCACUGAUUUUUCUAACUAACUGGAAAUGGGCUUUAUACAAACACUUUUUCAACAGGUUACAUGGCUUUUAGUAAUGUAACAGCACUUGGGUUAAGUGAUUUUUACCAUCUAAAUUUUAAACAAUAUUACAGAUUACAAAUAUUUUUGUAAAAGAAUCUAUGUACAGUUACAUGUAGCUGUAUUGCAAUGUGUGUAGUCACUUGGAAGAUCAGUUUCAAACACUGCUGUAUUAAUGUUAUGUUUGUUCAGGAUUUUCUUUGUGUGCAUCUAAUGGUUUUUAAUAAGCACUGUAUUUUUUUCCUAGUGUCCCUCGGGCUGAGUUUGGAAACCCUUAGAGUUUUACUUCUUUUUCUAGAAUAACAAAACCAUUUGUUUGCAGGUUUUCUUUUUCAGAUGAUGAAGCGUCUUUCAGCAGUUUAACUUCUAAUGAACAGAGAUUUUCACUUACAGCAAAGACAAGAUGCUAACACUCAUUUAUUCACAGCUGAUCUUCUGUACCUUUGCAUACAAUUUUAUUGAUAAAAGUUCCCUUGGAAUAAGUCAACUUUCUUUUUUCCUGUGGUACCCUUUGCCUCUACCCUAUACUUUACUUCAUUUCCAUCUCAUUUGCCCCCAUUUUUCCAUUCCUUCAAGGAUAUUUGUAUCCUUGUUCUGUUCCUGCUCUUUUCACUCUGUUCAUCUCUCUGGAUGUUUUCCUGCCCAAGUGCGUUGCAUUCGAUCUUUCGCUCUCUUUUCUAUUCUUUCAGUGCUUUUAGUGUUCCUGAAGCCUAGAUCUCCUACCCUGAAAGCCCAUCAUUCUGUACUUUCCUUUCCAGACUUUGGUGUAGGUUGAGGUUGCUUUUGUACAGGUAUCACAUCUUAGGAGAUGCUGCCCAUCCCAAAGCCUUGGAGAAGCAUCACUUAACAGUUUUGCUUUGCAGUUUUACCCGUGUUGGAGAAUUUAAACAUGUUGUUUACAUGCUUUAGCAUUUGUGACAAGCCAGGGCAACAGGAUUAACAACUCUUUCAUCCUUUUCACUUUUCCAGGAGUUCUGUUCUUGAAUUCAGUGAUAGUAAUAGCACUUUUUCUUAUUGCCACGUAGAAAUACGAACACUGUCGACACGAUUCUACCUCCUAUUACUAUUACUGAAUGUGAUCCUUCCUAACCUGUAAAGUCUUAAGCAGUGUGUAUAUAUUUGGGUGUUUUGAGAAUCAUUUCAAAUGUACUGCUCUAAUCUGGAUUGCAGAGCUUGUUUAUUGGCAGUUCAGGAUAUAAGUUCAGCAGCCCGACUCUAUCAUACUGACUCCACUGGGAGUGCGUCUGCCUCAUGUUUUCUACGGCAUCAUCUGCACAAGGUGUUGACUGCUAAUUUCUUGAGUGUAAUACUGAACUUUACCAAAUCCUCCACUUGCAUAAGAGAUCUUUCUGUCGUACCUAUUUCAAUGACUGUAAAAAUGGAAACACAAAGAUGAUCUCGUGUACAAGCUUUUUUUUUUUACGUGUAAUUCCAUGUUUAAAAUGUGAACAUGUAAAUAUGUUUAUUGUACCUAAAAUAUGUCAAUAAAACUUGAUUUUUAUAAGUUCA